AACGUCACAGGCAAGGGCCGCCAUUUUGACUGAGCAACCCUAGUGACAGGAGCCGAAGGAGCAGCGCAGGUUGUCCCCGUUUCCCCUCCCCCUUCCCUUCUCCGGUUGACUUCCCGGGCCCCCUACACUCCACAGCCCCGGUCCCGCCAUGUCCCAGAAACAAGAAGAGGAGAACCCUGCGGAGGAGACCGGCGAGGAGAAGCAGGACACGCAGGAGAAAGAAGGUAUUCUCCCUGAGCGAGCCGAGGAGGCAAAGCUAAAGGCCAAAUAUCCAAGCCUAGGACAAAAGCCUGGAGGCUCCGACUUCCUCAUGAAGAGACUCCAGAAAGGGCAAAAGUACUUUGACUCAGGAGACUACAACAUGGCCAAAGCCAAGAUGAAGAAUAAGCAGCUGCCAAGUGCAGGACCAGACAAGAACCUGGUGACUGGUGACCACAUCCCCACCCCACAGGAUCUGCCCCAGAGAAAGUCCUCGCUCGUCACCAGCAAGCUUGCGGGCGGCCACGUUGAGUGAUGCUGCCCGGGGCUCCGCCAGAUCCUGAGACGCUGCCCCUGGGUCCUGUGCCGGCUCCUGCCCCUCCCUGCUUUUGCAGCCAGGGGCCAGGAGGUGGCUCGGGCGCGGGCUGGAGAGGCAGAAGCCCCUGCCCGUCGGUGUCCCAGCGCAUGGAGCCCCUUGGCUGAGCACCAAGACCUUGAACCUUUCUUGUUUUACCUUUUUUUCCACAUAACUGUUGGGAGAAAUCUCAGUGAGAUCCUGGGGGCGCUGGGGGUGGUGCCUGAGCGGAGGGGGUGGGAGAUGUGGGGGGACAUGAGUUAGGGCUUGGAGCUGAUGGAUACAUCGCUGUUGCCCUCUUCCUUAACUGCGUGGCCGUCGUGGGCUCGGUGUGAGGGGCAGGAAUGGAGUCAGCUAGAGGUGGGGGUUCCAGUUCAGCUCUGGGAAAGUGCCGUGUUUGCUUGGAUGUGGCCGGGGCCCUGGUGUCAGAUAAAGGAAGCUGUCCAUCCAAAUAUGACAGAUGCAGACAGCUCCUCUGGUUCUGCAGAGCCAGCCGAGAACGCAAUUAAUGUAAAUUAUUCAUUUAAAAAAUGUCCUUGGAACAUUUGCCGGUGGGAGAAGGGCAGUGAGUGGGGGGAGGGGGCCGUGAGCGUGGGGAGCCCCACAGAGCCCAGGGGACUUUUUCAGUAUUUGAAAUAAAAAAAAAAAAACCCACAGAAAAACCCAACCCAGAAA